AUGCAACGAUUCCAGAGUACCUACCAAAGAUCGGGUGAAUCCAUUAAGGACUAUUCUGCUAGAAUAGAAAGAGCAGGACGACGUACGAUGGAACCCUCGAAUGACCCGCAAGCCGACCUAGUGAGACAAGAGAUUCUAAAGAAACAUUUGCAUAUUCAAUUGAUUAAUGAUAUGCUCCCGUAUAUAAAAGAGAAGGUCGUUCUCCGCACAACGCAAGAUUACGCUGACGCAGUGAAAAUUUCGAUCGAAAUGGAAAACAACAUGAAAACCUGGCGAAACAAAAUCCGGGCACAGAUGUUCCAGCCCAGACAACAAGGACAAUAUCCCCGACAACAAGGACAAUUUUCCAGACAACAAGGACAAUACCCCAGACAACAGGGACAACAACCAAGGCAACUGGGACAAAAGCCUACCCAAGUUGGACAACCUACUUCCCCUUGCCUAAACAGUGGUAAGAUGGGACACUGGAGAAUCAGCUGUACUGAACCUGCUAGAUGCUAUGGAUGCCAAGGAACCGGACACUUCAAACGAGAGUGUUCAAAAAACGGACAAACGCCGGUGCCUCAACCCCGGCGCCAAUAA